AUAAUAAUACAGCGGACGUCCAUAGAAAUCAUGGACUUUACCAAAAUAACAAUCCCAAUAUUCAGAAAAAAACUGGAAAAAGCUGCAAUAACUACGACAACACUACACAAUCAUAUUGGCAACCUCAGGCAAACGAGCUUUGACAAAGGUACGGAACUUCGUACUAAUAGCUACUUAUAAGUCUUUGAGCGAUCGACACACACCCACUUCCCCUAACAUGAACAGGUCUUUUCGGACAGCGACUGCUCUUAAGUACGUAAGUCUCCAGUUUUAUUUAGAUGCUUUGCCCAUUGUCUUGACUACUGGACCGAGUUGACGACUGAGCUCAGAGUCCGCUGCCACACAAGUUUUGGGCCUGGCACGCGCCGUCGGAAGGUUACCUGUCCCUCUUACACCAUCAGCACCGUAAUUCUUGGCAUCAUGCUUCCGUCAGUAAGUCAGUCGUCAGUUGACCAGCACCUGUCAUUGGGGGAUGGAUUGGAUAGAUUUGGAAGCUGAUAGGACCCUCCACUCUUGUCUAUUGUGGGCGAUAGUAAGCAGGCCCUGUGCAGGAAGAACAGUCCAGCCUUUGACCUUCGUAAGAAAGUUCUUCCUCUGACCACUGCGGCGUCGACCACCCUCCAAGGUGCCUUCAGUGAUAUUCUUCAACAGGGUGUCGUGCCGUGUAACAUGGACAAAGAACAUCUUAUUUCACCUGAGUGUUAGAAGAAGAAAUUCCUGGUGUCCUACUUGUGUGACAAUCUUGUCUGUAGGUUUACUAUUUAGAAUAUGGUUGUUUUGAAGUAUGUUGACAUCAUACUCCAGCUGGAAGUUGUACAGGUGUUUGCAAAGAUCACAUUUACAUAAACUGUGUAAUGAAAUCGCGUUUGUUCAACCAGUUGCUGGAAUUUAAGCAAUCUCACCUUCAGACUCAGUACGCGUUUUAUAAUUGUUUCUGAAAUGCAGAAGAAACGUAGAUUGUCUCUCCAUUAGUAAUUUUCUAGCUAAUCAAACUUAACAUCACAUUAUUCUCUAUGCUGUCUAGUCUAAGCCGCAUAUUAACGAGUGCAGAUGAAGGGUUGUUUACGAUUUUCAUAAGAGUAAACACUCAUCUGGCUUUGAUUUUAAGUAAAAAAAAGUCUUCCUACAAGCAUCAAGAGUGGAUUUAAUCCCCAUCUUCUGUACUUCAAACCUUUCAUCAAAAGCUAUUCUAACGCCGGGAUCCAUUUCCUGUUCUGUAAGAUGUAAGCAGUCUUCUGAACUCACUUGAACUGGCUGAAUUUGAAUGUCAAGCUUUGUUUUGUUUAAUAUUACUACCAAGAAAUACACGCAAUGUUUUUCAGAAUAAAAAAGAGCAUAAACGUGCACACAAUUUUUGUUAACUCUUUGAUUAAACUCAAGAAGUAGAAUACAAAUCAAAGCAAAGAAAACUUUAUUGGUGGUGAAAGGAAGUCCAAGAGAGAAAUUCUUCUUUUGCUUACAAGCCCAAUCACAUAUACAAACAAAAUAAUCAUUUAACAGUCCUAGACCUCAAAGACACGUCUUAUCAUGGUGAGUUUGUGUUCACCUCCCCUUUGUGUGUGUGUAGGUAUGUGUGUUAGAGUGAAAGAAAGAGAGAAUUAAUUGGAUUCUUUAUUGACUCACCAUAGCUCAAGAGAGGAGAGAGAAAAAAAGAUUCAGUAAGAGAAAGCUAUAUAUCUGUAUGCUAAUCGAUCCCCAUUUUUUAAAUAUGCAAAUUAAAUGUUUGUAUUCAAUCACGGAGUAUUUAAAAAAAGUUGUAUCAUAUUCAUAUAUCGCUUUUCAGGUCUGGGUAGUGCGGAUAACUGAAGGUUUUUUUUUUAUGUUUUCCGUGCUGUACAAACUGAAAGUAGUGUGAACUUUAAGCCGUCUGUAUGAAACUGAGAAGUUUCCCUAUGGGUAGGCGUGACAUUCAAAAUUUUCAUAUUAAAUGUCGUACUCUUCAGAUUGAGAUUAAGUUGGAGAGAGAUGAAGGAUGUGUCAUGGCUAUACUCGGCAAACUGCUGCGUUUUUUAUUUCUACUUUUCUUCCCAUCAAGUGUGAUUUUAAAUUGUACUAUAACAGAAACAACUAAAACUCAAUUGGAACACAUCAAAAGCAAAGAAAAUGUAAACAUCAAUCUCACUCUCCAGCUCACAUCGGAGUACAAAAGAACAUCAUUUGUAAUCGAAGUAAGGUUAUGUGAGGCUGGAAAAUUCCAAAGUGUUUGCAGGUGCCGAUGGGUUAACAAGAAUAAUGGUAUUUGUAAAAACCAAACAAGUGUUUCAGUCUGUAAAGCCGACAACUCAGAAGUGAAUCAGUCGCUGCAACUUAAACGGACAUACAGCGAUGUCGUAUGGGAGCUUCUAGAAGAAAAGUUCACUCCAGUUGUACUGAAGCACACCAAACUGCAAGUUAUCUACCCACCACAAAUCACAGACAUGACUGUGAAUGGACUUCGUGUAAAUGGAACGUAUACAAUUAACCAUGACCAGAGUGUUAAAAUUGCCUGUUUCUACGUUAACGGAAACCCUCCAGUUAUCAUCCGUAUGACGAACGCCAGUGGACACACAAUGAGUUCUACACAAGAAGGUUCACUUACCACAAGUUUUAGAAAAGUUCAAUGCAACGAGGCCUGGCCGACCAUCAGGUGUGAGGCGCCUGGUUCUGAGCUGAACAGAUCAGUGGUCAUCCUUGUGAGAUGUGCACCACAACUGUCUUGUUUGUCGACCCAAGGCAUAGACUUAGCCAAAGUUUUAAAAGACGGCUUGACACUAUGUCUGAAACACUACACAGACAGUAUCAAAAACUGUUCGUUGACCAAGAUUGACCCACCACGUACAACUAAAGAAGUCACGUGUCACUUAAAGGGAAAUGCACCGGACUUUAACUUGACCAUCCCAUCCACUGCAGAAUCUUGGUUUAGCGAAGGGAAUUGGACCCUUACUGUUAGAAGUGAGCAGGGAGAAGGGAACCUUACCUUCAAAUUAGUCAAUGAUACAGAAACAAGUGUGAUCAAAUCAGAAGACAGACCAAGAAAUCCUCUUAUAAUACCCAUGUGCCUUCUGAGCAUCACAAUCAUCAUUGCCACUAUCUGCAUCUUUUUCAUCAUAAAAAGUGCUAAACAGCGUGGAAAUGGUAACAGAAGGAAUGGUCAUCCUGCUGCUGUUGGUUGUUCUAAAGAAUAUGAGCGCCACACAUCGUCAAAUCGUUGUAAUGCGGAUGGGUUGAUAUACGGAGAACUAACUUUUGCUGACAGAACAACAUCGGAUGUUAUCAUCGGCUCCUUACCGAAUACACAAUAUGCACAGAUCAGCUUCACAGCUGGUAUCCAGCCAUUGCAUGAUUAAAUGUAGAUACUAUAUCAGAAGGACGUUUGGUAACUGAUGUUAUGUUAUGGUAUAUUUAAUGGACAAUAAGGUCUCUGAAUGUAUUUGAUUAUCAAAAACUAUAUGCAUAUCAAACUAAGAAAGUCACAUUUUCAUCAGUGUCUGUAGGAGUGUAUAAACAUGCAACAAAAACUUGUUUUAUUAAACGUUUGUGGAAAAUCUAAUUGUUAGGUGAAUGUCAGGAGAACUUCUUGAUAAAUAAAAUAAAGAAAUUCCCAACUGCUGUGAGAUUUUCAUGUUUUCCUCAGAAAAUUUUAAGACUAAUGAGAUAAUUAGAUAUCUUUUUAUCAAAUAUUAUGCUUACAGAUAUUGUUGUGGGUUUGAGUACUUAUAUACAUCAACUAAUACAAUUUUACUUAAAAAAAAUGAUAGAUUUUAA